AUGGGGCCGGACACGCCCUCCGCGUCGGUGUUGCCUGCGCUGGACCCCGGACGUGUCACUGCGAUUGCGACGCCGAUGCCGACGCUUCACAAUGCCGACAAAGACUCGACACUUUUGCUUCCUCAUAGCUCCAUGGUCGCUGCCACUAUGCGACAAGCUUCCACUGCUCUACCGCCGACUAGCGACAAGGCGACGCGGCCAGCGGCCCCCAGCUCCCACGACGCGACCGACUAUCGCGUCCCAAGUUAUCCGCAUCCCCAUUCCCACCAGCCCGCCGCCAAUCCCACCGUCCGACACCCGGCCCCCGAGGUGCCCCGUAUCUACGACCCUCGCCCGUCCGAAUACCCCCCGGUCAACGUCGUCAAUGCCAAUUUAGCUCCUUACGACAGCUCGAGUCGCUUCCAACCUCCUCCGCCGUCCCAGCGUCACCGCCUCCCGCACUCCCUCGGCGUCUCGCAAGCGACCAGUUCCACCAACGACGCUGACUUGGUGUUUACCCCGCCCUCAAGCGAAGGUGGCCGGAGCCCUAGCAAGCCCAACAGCCACGACUCGAGCCAGGAUUCACAGCUGCUGCAGCUCUCCCAGAUUGCUGCCGCGCAGGAGAGGAUACCUGAGAAUGGAAUUGCCUUGUCAAGGAAGCGCAUGGCUGACGGAAUGGUCAAGCCCACAUACGAAAGGCCCAGUCUAUCUCCCGCAGGCACCGCCAGUCACACAAGAAACACAAGCGCCGUCAGUAUGGCUUCUACUGCCACCAGCCGACUGGGAGAGCUCUCUGCCGAGCUCAAGACUCGUCUUUCAUACGCAAUGGUAAAGGUCAACAAUGGAUGGCAAUCUCACUCGAUUGACCAAGUCGAGUCGCUGGCUUCCCGUGCUGCUUCCCCUACCUCGAGCAAUUCCACUGUACAUAUGAGGAACGGGUCGUCCGCCAGCCCACAGCUCUCGAACCUCCAACGCAUAGGUAGCCACGCCAGCACGGUUCCCGCCAACUCUCAACAGUACCCAACAUCAUCCCAGCAAUACCCACCAGGGUCUCAGCAGUACCCGUCGGGUUCGCAACCACAUCCGUCAGCAUCACAACAACAACCACAACAACAGCAUAGUCAAGGGCGGCCGGUCGAGAGUUCUUAUGCUCGGGAGUCAGGCCACUUUGCUCCUCGUUAUAGCCCAACACAACAAGCCGAGCCCAUUCCUUCGGUUACUCUUGCUCCUCCUGCCCCUAUCCAGCCAACACGGCAGCAAUUCCAACAUCCUCGACGCAAUUCGGUGCCACGAAACACUCAGGCUUUUCUUGCUAUUAACCACCAGCCACCACCUCAACAAGGACCCAACACAGCUGGGCAACCGAGUCCUUACCUAUCGACACACCAUCAUCGCACAUCGCUAAUGGAGCCGCCACUUUAUCCUCCACAUCAGAACGUCCGGGAACAAGACGCCAUAGAAUCAUUGCUCUUUAUGAGUAGUCCCGGUAACUCUGCCAACCUCAAACACGGCUUUCCCUCAUCAUCACAACCACUCUCGUCCUCGCAACCACCAUUGUCAUCAUCACAGCCUCUGCCAUCCGGCCACGCACAACCGCAACAACGAACCGCCUUACCAAGUUCACAACCACGGAAAAGCCUACCCUCAGCAAGACCAGCAAACCACCCACGCGCCCACCAAACGCUGCCUCAGCCCAUCCAAAAACGCGUAGGUUUCCAAAAGUCUCCCAACGCUAUGGACAUGGACGACGGCACCUACGGCGUCUCACCAUACAGCAAUAACAACAAUACGCGAGGCACGCCCCGGAAGAGAGGAGGAUACAACGGGCACGCUGCUGGCGGUGGCGAGCUACAACAAUAUGCACACGCACACGCCCAUGCACCCAUGCCAAAGUUGAAGCAAAUGCCCGUCUCCUCGGGGCUGACAGUACCAUCGAGGCCGUCACGCACGGGCCUGAAAGACGAGGACAUUGACAGGAUGUUGGAGCUCGCAGCGGCCAGAGAGAGGGGAGACUCGGAUUCGGAAGGGGAGAUUCAAAUCCCGGUAUCGAGGGGGCGCCGGGAGGGCGCAGGUAUCGUUCGGGCGUAGCAGCAUCCGGGAGGGUUCUGGGGGAGGCAGAUGGGCUGAUGGGAUCAAACGAGUUGACGGGACCACUAUAAAACAACAGUGUCUACGGCCAGUAUUUGCGAGGAAUGGAAAGGAAAGGGGAGUCAAUCAAAAGACUUAACUCGUGGGGGUUUUGGCGCGAUUAGGCUAUGAAAAGAGUGGAGGUCAUUGUUUGCUAGGUAUUUUCUAGCCAUAUGGACAUCGGCGCAUUGCAGC